GGGCGGUCUAGAUGUCACCGCUUUCUUCUUAUGAAGAAAAUGAACAGACCUCUUAAAAACAAAUUUCUUCCAGCCUAACAGAAACAAUAAAGCUAAUUCGAUUGCGACGCGGCGUGGAAGGUAAAAUAGAGUCCACACCUCGCCACACUCGAAAACAAACUUAAACCCGGGAUCUAUUUAGCGAGGUAAGGGCGGAGUGACAAAAUUCGCGCUGGGAUCAACCGCAGUUGCGCACUUCGUAUUUCCGGCUCCCCACCCCGCCCCCACCCCCUGGACUCCUCAGUACAAGCGGUCAUGGCGGCCCGGCUGUUAAGCUUGUAUGCUCGCCGCCUGUCAGUAGCGGCGGCGAUACGAGAGGUCCCGGCUGCCCGUGUUCGCUGGGAAUCUUCCAGGGCUGUAAUCGCCCCGUCCGGUGUGGAGAGAAAGCGGCAAAGAGAACCGACCAUGGUAUGGCAGGAGGACCCAGAACCCGAGGACGAAAACCUCUACGCGAAGAACCCAGACUUUCACGGUUAUGACAGUGACCCUGUGGUGGACGUCUGGAAUAUGCGAGCUGUCUUCUUCUUUGGUUUUUCCAUCGUCCUGGUUUUUGGUACCACCUUUGUGGCUUACCUGCCUGAUUACAGGAUGCAAGAGUGGGCCCGCCGGGAAGCUGAGAGACUUGUGAAAUACCGAGAACUCAACGGCCUCCCCAUCAUGGAAUCCAACUAUUUUGAUCCCAGCAAGAUCCAGUUACCAGAAGAUGACUGACGAAAUACUGAGCAGGGCUUAAGAAGCAUUACUUAUUCGCCCCUCUCUGUUAAUUUCCUGGUUCCUCAGAACACCUUAUUAAAGUAAUUGAAAAUAUGA